GGUUCGAGUUUGAAUUUGAAUUUUAGAGAGCUAGCGAUGUCGGGAGCACAGGGAGCGCAGCCGAAGGAUUCGUUGACGGCGACGACUUACGGGUCCGUUCCCGGCGGCGACAACCGGACCAGGACGGACAUCCGGUCGCGGGAGGAUGCGGGCAUGAUCCAGAUCGACAAGCUUCAGGACAAAGUGGAGGAUCCCGCCGGUAAGGGCGGCCCCGUCUUCGGCGCCGGCAAAGAUGACAACAAACAAGACCUCGGAGUUACCGGCACCGGCACCGGAUAGUCACUUCAAAAUAAAAAAUAGAAAACGCUUUUUCUUCACUUCACUUGUAAUAUAUGUUGUAAAUGGGAGAUAAUGAUAUGAUCUAUGUUAUUAAUGCUUCGUUUAUUAUUA